AGAGAGAGAGAGAGAGAGCAUAAAGAAAGCUCUCAGCGUCUCACGUUCAGAUGCUCACGCGUCUUUGACAGUCAUCACAUCACUGUUUACUCUGGAGUAACUCUCAGCCGACUAAUGAAAAUCCAGAGGAUGUGUUAAGGCUUUUCAGACUUUAACAAGUGGCGGGUUGAGGGUUCGAGUCGCGGGCAGCAUGAGCGCGGAUUGCGCGGGAUAUUACAACGCGGAGAACGUGUUUGUCAGCAGCUUCACGUGUCCAAAGCCCGACAGCGACGCGCGCGCGAUAUUCUGCUGCGGGUUCAAUGACGUCAAAUACUGCUGUGACGAUCCCAACAGCUUUUUCCCCUAUGAAUAUGGAUACAUGUGGUGGCUUAGUUUGGGAGCUCUGGUUGGUUUGUCUAUAGCUGCUGUGGUGCUGCUGGCCUUCAUCAUCACUCUCUGUGUGCUUUGCUACCUGUUCAUCGCCACUAAACCCAGAGGGUUGGACAACGGACUGCCUCUACGAGCACCAGGAUCUGGGCCCAGUCCACAGGAGGGUCCGAGCCAAGCCAGCGCGCCGUCAGGACCGCAAGGUUUCCGCAAGCAUUUCCUAAGAGGCAAACUAGACUGUGACAACCAGCCGCCUGAUCCGGACCGGCUGUUCCAGCGCUGCUUCAUGGCUACGGUCACCACCAUCAAUGUAGAGGGACCUUCAUAAAGCCCAGGAGCUGCAAAUAUGAUGUGAGCAACAUUACCAAGGAGUCUUUAACCAAUCAUCAUGCGACUGAUAACAUGGUAACAUUUUGAACAAUUCUGGUUGGAAGUUUUGGAUGCUGUUGCACAAACUGAAUACAAUCAAUGACGAAUUGCCUCAAACUUCUUAGGAAAAAUCAUUUAAUUUAUCCUCAAAUAUAUGCUUUUCAUCUGCACCCAGGAACUUUGGGUUUGUUUUUGAGGCAAGAAACUAAUUAAGCCAUUUGCUUUCAUCAAAACAUCAGUCUGUAGAUCAGUAACUACAGCUUCAAAGAAAUAAUUAUGCUUUUGGCUUUGUCGGUGAAGCAGUUGUAUUGGCGUCACUGCAGCUGAACCAAAGACUGAAUUGAACUCAAAGAGUUCCCGAAUGACAUCACUGGGACUAUUUUUGACUAUGACUAAAAGAUAAGUAAAUCAAUUAAUUCCAUUUUCCCAAUUUUGAAACAAAUUGCAGUGUUGAGCUGAACAAUUCAAUCAUGUUACUAAAGUUAAAGUUAAAGUUAUACAAAAAAAAGUUCAAACAACACUUUUUUUUCCCUAAGACUUUUUUUUUUAUCAAUUUAUCAAAUAAAAACAAAAGCUA